UGCGUAGAAUUUGCCCUACCGGACGGGAUUUGCUGGUGCGCGUAGAUUCGCCGUUUCCUUGGCAACAUGGUUACGUUCGCUGAUUACCAUUCAACGAUUUAGGCAACAUGGACGUCCAGGGACGAAGUAUCCGUAGCUGUGCAGAAAACAUCGUAGACAUGACUGAUAUGGACGAAGAAGACCUCUCUAUUUCCAGUUACUCUGCUACAGACACAGCCUUCGAUGGUGUUAUUGGCUGUAUAGAGGACAUCAUCAUGGAGGAGGAGUUUCAGCAGCUUCAGCAGAGCUUCAUGGAUAAAUACUACCUGGAGUUUGACGAUUCUGAUGAAAACAAACUCAGCUACACGCCCAUCUUCAAUGAAUAUGUUGACCAGCUGGAGAAAUACUUGGAGCAGCAGCUGAUGGAGAGGAUCCCUGACUUCAGCAUGGAAACCUUCAUAGAGCUACUCAUGCAGCGCAAAGAGGAGGUCUCAGGUGACGUCUUUGACAUGUUGCUGACGUUCACCGACUUCAUGGCCUUCAAGGAGAUGUUUGUGGAAUACAGAGCUACAAAGGAGGGCCGAGGUCUGGACCUGAGUGAGGGGCUGGUGGUCACAGCUCUGAACCUUGCAGACUCCAAGGACAUGGGCUGCACUAAAUGACAGUGACGCUCAAACAAUGACAAAUCAAACACUUGAAAUGCCUCUUUCUACAUAUGUGUAAGCAAAGUUUUGUCCACGGGCCUUCAGAAAAGUGUUAACUUUAGAAUACACUCCCCUUAAAUCCACUGUCUGUGCACACAUGGGGCCUGAUGGUGGAUUACAUAUGCAUUCCUCUGGGUUUUAUGUGGCAGCUUGGCUUUAAAAGCCUCUCUGUAGCUAUGAAGUGAAAUCAGAAGCUUCUUAUUUUCUAAUCACUAGCCCUUCAAUUGCAUAUGGCUACUUGAAAUAUACACAUUUCUCCAAUUGAAAUUUGCAGGGGGAGAGAUUCCUAAUCUUGAUUUUACAAUCAUCUUCAUAUUCACUGGUAGUUCUUUUAGGAUUUUGUAUUAUUGUUUCUGUCUGGUACAAGACUAAUGUUUGUGUUUUUAAAGUUAUUGCUGGUUACAGCUAUGAUUUGAAUGUUUCGAAUCUUCUCUCUUCGCCUGGUAUUUUUUCAUAAGAAGAUAAUUUAGUAGAACUAACAUAUGUUUUAUGAAGACUUAAAUUAUUUGGCCAGUUUGUAAACUCAUCAGAUUGAGUUUGUAAUGUACGUAGUGAUUGUGUGCGUUUGUACAGUUAGUUUUCAGUACGAUGUCCAAGUGUUUUCUACAUGUUUUAAUGAGACAGUUUUCAUUCUGAAAGUAUAUUUAUGUCACUGGUGAACUGUCACAUUUAUUUGUGUAAAAAAAAAAAAAAAAAAAGAUAUUUUCAAAUAAACAGGUACAAAAGCAUUAUAUUGAAAUCACUUAGUGCUUUAUUGAAGUGCAUGGUUGAGCCAGAGCACUCGCCACAGCAUUUCACAGCAUUUCAAAUUCUUGGUACAAAAAGACAACAUAUUGCAUAAAGGCACGUACAGUACAUCAGGAGAUGAGCAGAGUUUCAUAUAAAUCAUAAAAAUAGUUUGCACACUACUGGAACAAUAUUAGAAUCAUUGUCAGAACUCACUUAUAUCCGGUAAAAAUGUCUUCAGUGUCAUUUUCAGGAUUAAAAGUAAAUUUUGCAGUCAACACAACAUUAUAUGUGUACAUUUUAAAUUUGAAUAAUGGAGUUUCAGUAAGAGAUGCUUGUGUCUAAGAAUUUACCAUUUAUUACAAAUAGCAAGAAAAGGCUCUGUAAACAGUAAAAUACAAAACAAA